AUGACGCUUAGCCAGGGAGGUCUCGACAAGCUGGCCUCCUGGGAGCUUCUUCGUCUCGGUGCCAAAGCCAUGCACCGGGUGCAAUGCCGGGUCUUCUUCUGCAGCGAUCGCGCACCGGCAGCGAUUGCAACACUGAAAUCGGCCGAGAAAGUCUGUGCUGUGGUCAUGCGAGCCAGCGGGGCAGACGUCUCAGAGGUCAUCCACGGCGCUGGCGGUUUCGGCCCAGAAGCAGAGAGCGCUGUUGCUGGUUGGGUGGCUGGGGCUCAUGGCUGGAAGCCAGCUCUGCACACCUGGUGGAAAUUCAACGGAAGAGGAGACGAGGAUGGCGUCGAGCCCCUCACGUUCAAAAUCACCUGCCGGCGAUCGGGCAAACGAUUUGCUCAGCUGUCAUCCCAAGGGGUUGCAGUUGCCGCAGCAACGGCCAUUGCCUCCAAGCAAGGCUGGCGGGCCCAGGUGAGACGCCCCGAUCUUGAAGUGAGGAUCUUGGUUAGCGACAGCGAUAUCCUGGUCGACCUUCCGCUUCUUGUUCAAAGCAUCCCGAGCGGCGGCGGAGAGCUUUGUAGUGCGGGCAUGGCCGCACCUGUGGCCUGGGCAUUGGCUCGGUCAGCCGAGCUCAAGCAAGGCGACCGUGUGCUGGACCCGAUGUGCGGCAAGGCGGUUAUCCUGGUGGAGGCUGCCCUCAGCUGGCCCAACUGCCACUACAUAGGCGUGGACCUCGAUGCGAGUCAGCUGUCCGGUGCGCGCAGCAACGCUCAGCUGGCACAGGCGACUGGUGCCCGAUUGGACCUCCUCAUGGGUGAUGCCCAGAGGUUGCCAUUACCAGAUCGCUCGGUUGACGUGGUGAUAUGCGACAUUCCGUUUGGACGCCAGUAUGGCACAAUCGAAGGCUGCAGAGACAGUUUAUACAAGGCUGUGCUUAAGGAGUUCGACCGCGUCGUGCGAUCGGAUGCUGACGGUCGUUUGAUUCUGAUUUCUUCUCUUGAGCAGGAGCCUUGGGUCCUGGAAGCUGCAAAUCUGCAUUCCGCCCAAGCAUUCAGGUUGUUGCAGCGCUGGUCACGAAAGCUAGCCUCCGGGGCUAGCGGAGUUUCUUAUCAACCGAAGGUUGCAACAGGGGUUCCCUUGAAGCGUCGCCUGGUCUUCGAGGGGAUUCCGGAGCUCGCAUGCCGUCAACCGCCCCAACAGUGCACGCUAUCGUCACCAGUGCAGAAAUUUUUGGGCGAGAUCUUGCGUGGGGACAUCAACAUUGAAGCCGGAGAUCGGACGACUCUGCUUCACGAUGCCCUCAUAGCCGUCGUGCCUUCCCGCGAAGGACAGCGCCGGGAAGCCUGCUUGUUUUUGGGACGGCUUUCAUCGAGACGGUUUGCCGAGAUGUUGACAGAGGAAGUGGGCACCGGGAAGUGA